CAGAAGCCCAAAACACAGCUUGCUCUCUCCAGCCCCAAGGUCCCAUCGGCCACUCUGAGCUCGGGGUCCAGGGGAGCAGUGAGGAGGACCCUACACAGGUUCUCCUAAGGUUAGGAGGGAGGGGGUGUCCUGGGAGAGGUCUGAGCUCAGAGAGGAGCCUCUGUCUCUGUCUCUCCCUCACACACACACACACAUACUUGCACCCAUGGGGGGAUGCUGCCCCGCCCCUGGGCUCCAGAGAACCACAUCAGCUGGGUACCGACUGCCCUCAACCAAGCCACCAGCCUUAGUCUCCUCCACUGCCCGGAGUCGCCCUGUGGCGGGCAGGGCCCUUGCUGGUGGCCACCAGGCCUGCCGGGCCCUGGGAGCUGAAGGUGUGCAGCAGGACCAGCUGUGGAGGGAGCUCCUGGAGGCCGAGAGGAGGAGCCAGAGGCGCUGGGCCCAGAACUGGAGUUUCCUGAAAGACUAUGACCCCAUGGGCAACAAGAAGGAGCCCGUGCAGUUGCCAGAGUACGUGCCUCUGUUCUCUGACACGGUCCCCAACUCCAUGAGCCAGGUUGUGGGUAGCAGGGUGGACACGCCCCUGGGGAAAGCCCUCGUCGGCAUGGACUUCUUCUUCGUGGAAGGAGUCCGGAAAAAGAAGCUAGAAGAGGAGCUGCAACCUGCCUAGGAGGGGGGGCCAGGUGGGCCGCCCCGGGGGGUGUGGGGGGAGUGGGGACACCGCCGCAGACCUGGCACCAGCGUCCCAGACAGCACCCCGCAGAUCAGCCCGGGGUCAUGAUCUCCGCGCUCCACACCUUCCGUCAGAGGCCUCUGUGGGCUCAUUUUCACACCUGAGAUGGAGAGGACUCAGGGACCUACCUGCCCGCGUACUUCUUUGAGGAGGGGGUCAGUUUUCUGCCUGCCGCAUAUAGGGAUAUAAUGGUACCGAUUUUGCAAGGUUGUUGCAAGGAUUAAAUUAGUCACAGGGGCUGCUGAGAGGGCCGACUCUCGGGUCAGUCUCUCAUCUCUUUCGUUAUCUGUGUGAGAGUCAGGGCGGUCAGGGCGAGGCUGGAGCCGAGCAGGGCGAGUCUGCCUGCAGGGGAACUGAGUUGAGCCAGUGAAUCACACAGCUUUGGGGGCCCUUUUACAGAGUGCAUUGUUGGUGAGGUGGGAAACCCCAGGCAGGGCCACUACUCUCCUGCCAGCACCAACCGGUUCCCUGGCCCAGCGGCUCUAUCUCACUCUUUGCCUCUGAAAGGGCUUACUUAUAGGAAAAUGGAACUUACCCCCUAAAAUUCUAUUGGUUCCCUGAGCUAACUCCUGAUUGGUCCAUUUAUAGUACUUCAUUUGCAUGGUGCUCACUCCUGAUUGGUUAUUUCUCUCCCUCCUGAUUGGUCCAU